AAAUAAUUCAAUAACAAUGAGAUAUAAAGAUAAUUUCUUUUCACUAUAAAAUUUAACUGGGGAAAAACAAGCAUGUUUAAACAAAAAAUAUACUUUUUUUUUGCACAAGAUUACUCUAUGUUUUGACCAUUUCUUCCACAAUCAAGAGCCCUGAAUAUGAAAAUCAGAAAUAACAAAGAGCAAAUUUAUCAACGCUAUUGCCGAAGAAGUCGUAAAAAUAAAUAUGCUACUCUAAGUCAAAUAGUUUACAUAGAAUGCAAUUUAUAAGGUCAGGGAGCAAUUCUUAGGGCCAUUUGCAUCAUAACAUAUUGAAAUAUGACAUCAUAGUCCAGAAAAAAUAGAACCAAUUCUACCGUAAGCCUCGUAUUCCAGCUGCCCGAAAGAUCAUGCAAUAAGUUGUGGCUCUUUUUCUUCCCAAAUUCAGUGGGUAAGAAUUAAAACGUUGACAAAACAGAAUAAAAAUAGCCCUUCUUUUAAAAGACGCCAACAAUAACAGUAACUAAAUUCUACGGAAGCAAAAACGAGACAAAACUUAAACUAAAAGUGGUUGAGGCAGAGAUCUGUACUUUCAAUGGCGAAUCAAAAUCGCGCUUCCGGUUCACAACAACACAGAUUACACACGGGAAAGCCCAACUGUUUAGGAAAACUACAUUGUGAUGAAGAUGAUGAUACAGAAAGGCGUGGCUGGACGCCAAGAACGGCGGCCUGACCUGCGAUUUCAGGAGGUAAGCGGAAGAGCAGAGCAAGUGGGUGUGUGAAUAGACAGUUGUGAAGGGGUUGUCGAUAAGCAAAUCAGUACAGAGGUAGGUUGAAGGGCUAAAUUGUUAUUUUCGAAAUAAGGGGCAGGAUAGACUUUUCAAGUGACACAUCCGUACAAGCUCGUCUUUUGAAGCUAGUACAAACGGACGGGAAUUUGUUAUUUUGGAAAUGAAGGACAGGAUAGACUUUUCAAGUGGUUGUUCCGUACAAUCUGGUGUGUGCCCUCAGGUUGUUUGGUCUAGUCGGUUGGUCUGGUUGGUUGUUUUCGGUCGGAUUGUCAGGUGAGAUGCUUAGCCGUCGGAUAGGCAGGCCGGAAGGUACUCUGUCGGUUUCUUCUUGGUUCACAGGUGAGGGUCGGUUGUUUAGUCUGGUCGGUUGAACCUCAUUCGGAUGGUAUGCGGUCGGGCAAACAGAUCUGAUCGUCAGCAGGUCGGACAGGCAGGUGUGAUAGUCUGCAGUCAGAUAAAGUAGCUCUGCUGGUCUGCGGUCAGAUAUACAAGUCAGUUGGUCGGGAGGCAGAUAAACAGGUCGCUUGGUGAAGGGGUUUGACAGCGUUUCAUCUUGGUGUGGUUGGUUGUUUUCGGUCGGAUUGUCAGGUGAGAUGCUUAGCAGUCGGAUAGGCAGGCCGGAAGGUCCUCGGUCGGUUUCUUCUUGGUUCACGGGUCAGGGUCGGUAGUUUAGUAUGGUCGGUUGAAUCUCAUUCGGAUGGUAUGCGGUCGGGCAGACAGGUCUGAUGGUCAGCAGGUCGGACAGGCAGGUGUGAUUAAGGGCUAAAUUUUCAUUUUUGACAUGAUAGACUUUUCAAGUGACAGAUCCGUAGAAACUCGUGUUUAUAUAGUAUAAUAUAUCAUUACAUACACACGGUUGCUAGGGUUCGGAUUUGUGAAUCAGAUGCGUUUCCGUGGCAUAUCAUCUGUGGCUUGGGUUGGGUUUGGAUGUUUUUAGGUAGGUGAAUCGGUUUAUUUUGGGUACUCUGAGUUCGAAUCAUAUUUUAGAUGCUGAUUUGAUUUGAGAGUAUCUCUUAGUCGAUUGAAACCGUCAGAACCGUCGGUUGGAAACCGAUCAAGCCUGUAUCCAUAGUUCCCAUUCUCAAAACCCUAGCCCCCAAAUUGAUCGCCAUUUCUGCAGCUGACUCCGCGCGAGAAUGGCGUAUCUCUUCUUCAAGUCCAAGAGAAUCCCUUUGAGGCUGCCUCCAAUCUUUUCCUCGGCGGCCAAUUUUUCCACCUCCUUUCUCACCACUAAAAUUCCGAAGAAGUUCCGGAAGAAACGGAAGAAAAAGGAGAGUCCGCGGACCAAACUCGUGCAAACUGAACCAAACCUCAUUCCACACUUGGAGAAUAUCCUCCGCAAGGAUGCGCAUUUUAGAUUCCUCACGAAAACCAAAGAAUACCUCUCCAAACAGUCAUGCCAGGUCUUGCGCCUCGACGAUGCGGGGAAGCUUCAUCAGCAGCUAGGUUUCCCCCGCGGACGCAAAGUCCUGAAAUCUAUACUCCGGCACCCACUAAUUUUCCAAACUUACCGCCAUACUGACGGGAAAAUGUGGUUUGGAUUUACUGAUCUCAUGGAUGGUUUGUUGCGCACUGAAGAGGAUCUCAUGAAUGAAUUGGAGCAACAGAGGAUUGAAGUUGUUAGGAAACUAUUGAUGCUUUCUGCGAACAGGAGGAUACCCUUGAGUAAGAUUUACCACAACAGGCUCUUGUUUGGCAUUCCUGAGGAUUUUAGGGAUAGAGUUUCGAAUUAUCCUAAUUAUUUUAGAAUAGUGGUUGAAGAUGAUGGGAAGCGAGUUCUUGAGUUAGUUGAUUGGGAUAAUUCAUUGGCAGUAAGUUUUUUAGAGAAAGAAUUUCUAGCUGAUGAGGAAAGGGCUAAAAGAGCAUUUAAAUUUCCUGUAAAAUAUAUUAAAGCAUUGGAUUUGGACAUUGAUGAUGAGAGGAAGCUGAACCUGUUGAAUACAUUGCCACUAGUGUCGCCGUAUAUGGAUGGGAGCAAGUUGGAUCAGUGGACAUUGGAAGCAGAGAAAUACAGGGUGGGAAUUAUUCAUGAAUUUUUGAACUUGACAUUGGAGAAAAGAGCGUAUAUUCAUAAUAUUGUGGAGUUCAAGGAGGAAUUUAGUCUCACAAAGCAUACUUAUCGCAUGCUUCAGCAGCAGCCCCGGACAUUCUAUUUGGCUGGUACUGAGAUGAAUUGGUGUGUGUUUCUAAAAGACGCUUACGGUAAGGAUGGGGAGCUCAUUGAUAAGGAUCCACAAGUGGUGUUCAAUGAAAAACUUUAUAGUCUUGGGGAUUUGCAAGAAUUGGACUCUGAUUUCAUAAACAAACAAAAUUAGCACUAGAAGGAGCUCAUUGAUAAGGAUCCACAAAUGGUGUUCAAUGAAAAACUUUAUAGUCUUGGGGAUUUGCAAGAAUUGGACUCUGAUUUCAUAAACAAACAAAAUUAGCACUAGAAUUUAAUUAUGUACAUGGAUUGUUGAUCUUAGAAGCUGCAUGGUUGUUAGUUCAUUGAAAUUCAUACACUGAUGUUGUCGGGAACAUACAUUUGUUUCAAGAUAGUUCAAGAAAUUCCUUGUAUUCGAUUGCUCCUUUGCUGGCCUAUGUAGAUCAUUGUGAUCCUUCCUUAAAUUUUUUAAGAAAUUAAUUGCUUGAUGGAUUUUUUCUCGAUUUUUCAUUGAUUGUUGACCUUUAUUGGUUUGGCUUGUGACAAAAAUGGUGAGUAUAAGAACAAGUUUGCUGGAAGGCUACGGAAGCUCCUUUCUAGUGAAGGGACAAUCAGGGCAUCCAUUAAAUCUGACUCUGAAUAAGUAUGUUCCUGAAGUGCUGUUCUGGACGAUGAGUGCUUCCGGUUUCUAUGCUUACACGCAGUACGAUAGGCUUAUCCAGAAUUUGAAAGGAGUUCAGUUGCCAUCGGUAAUUUGUUGGAAUCGAAUCAUUGGUGCUGCACAGCCGCUUCAGGAUGUCGGAAAUUGAGAUUUUCUGAACCCGAAAGCUUCGAUUGAAGGAUUAUUACCAAAGAGGUCUGUCUACUUAAAGGAUCAAAGUGAGAAGGGGUUCACUAAAAGACAAAAGUUGCAUUUUGUCCCUAACGAUUAUACAAUCUGGAAAACAAGGGUGCCCCAAAGAAAUGGAUGAGAGCUUUGCUUGGUCUGAAGAGACCCUAUAAACCACAAUCUCCUGCGGCGGAAAUGAAUUGUUUUGGCUGCUCUCGCAAGAUUUGGCACCAAAGGAAGCACUCGGCUGAGAUUGAUAUUUGAUAGUGCCAUACUUGAAAAUGGGUUGAAUCGAAAUCUCGUUACAGAGAUGGAAGAUGCUGAAGUCUCUAAUAUCCAGACAAUAACAAAUUCAGGCAACUUUCCAACUUCCCUCCAGGUGAAUAAUGCGGCGAACACAAAACAGAAUACAAGAGAAGAAUUGGCAGCCAUACUCAUUCAAGCAGCUUUUAGAGGAUUUCUGAAGCAGGCAGUAGUUUGAAUGGUACCUAUUAUCGUGUCUUUGUAUUAUUUUCUUACCGGGUUAGACAAGCAUUACGUGCUUUAAAAGCGUUGGUGAAACUUCAAGCCCUUGUCCGUGGCCGUGCUGUGAGAAAGCAAGCUGCCAUCACUCUUCAGUGGAUGCAGGCUGUAGUUAGGGUUCAGGCUUGCGCCCGAGCAAAACGUGCUAAUAUACCAUUAGAGAAUCAAGGGCCGCAAAAUAAACCUCAACAACAGCAAAGACACAAGACUCAUGUUAAAGAACUUGAAAUUCAAGUGAUUUGACAAAUGGGUACCUGGAUUCGACCAUUCUUGAAAUUCCAGGUUAUGGAGGGUAUCCGCCUGCGAGACAUCCCAAGCUUCGUAAGAACGACGAAUCCUGACGAAUUCAUGGUCAAAUUCGAGCUCAUUGAUAAGGAUCCACAAGUGGUGUUCAAUGAAAAACUUUAUAGUCUUGGGGAUUUGCAAGAAUUGGGCUCUGAUUUCAUAAUCAAACAAAAUUAGCACUAGAAUUUAAUUAUGUACAGGGAUUGUUGAUCUUAGAAGCUGCAUGGUUGUUAGUUCAUUGAAAUUCAUACACUAAUGUUAUCGGAAAUAUACAUUUGUUUCAAAAUAGUUCAAGAAUUCAUUGUAGUUGAUUGCUCCUUUGCUGGCCUAUGUAGAUCUUUUUGAUCCUUCCUUAGAUUUUUUAAGAAAUUAAUUUCUUGAUGGAUUUUUUCUCGAUUUUUCAUUGAUUGUUGACCUUUAUUUGUUCAGCUUGUGACAGUUAUGGUGAGUAUAAGAUCUAGUUUGCUGUAAAGCUUCGGCAGCUGCUUUCAAGUGAAGGGACAAUCGGAGCAUCCAUUAAAUCCGACUCUUAACAACUCCAAGUAUAAAGGAAUUUGUGGACAAAGUGAUUCAAUGCCCGCUGCGAGAUUGCUGGAAAUAUUUGAAAUUUGUUUCUCUUUCUUUUAUUAUGUUUUCGAUAAUGUCAACAAAUUUCAAAUACUCCAUCUGUACUUUAACAAUCUAUCCAUUUUUUUUAUUUUGGUC